ACCGGACAGCAGCACACAAUGCAGUUUGACUGCUACGGGUUAUCCACACAGGUUUCAUGCAUGUAUCAGCUUCCCAAAUAAUAUGAAGACAUCCACUUAUCACAUUUUGACAAUUGGUGCGAAAAGUAAGCUUUCGUAAGUCAAUUUCCACGUUACGCUCGAGAAAAAUCCAGCUCCUGCUGCCUAGACCGGCGAAAUCUCCAGUCUUCACCGCUCAGUGAACAACACAGCGGGCCGCAGAAGGAGGAGCCCGGCCUGCGCUGACGGGGCUGCGCUUAACAUCAGUGACGGUGCAACUCCAGCCCGAGGCUUCCGGGCCUGUUUUAUAUUAUUAGCGUUAUAAAUGGAGGCUCGAACGAAAGCAGAAGCCAGAGGAAAAUGACACUCUGUACAGCUCAAGUGAUGAACGUGACAAUGUCUUGACAGAAAGACAGUAACUGGAAUGUUUUAAAGCUUUAAUAAUCAGUGUGUUGUUGGAUUAAACAGGCCCGGUGAUGCCCAGACAUGACUGUGCUCAGACUGCAGUGUCCUCACGCCGUAAAGCCUCCACUUGAUUCAAUUAAAUCAUAAAAGGAAUAGAAAAACACAUUUUCAUCAGAGAUCCGCAACACUUGUCCAAUAGGCCUUGGGUAUUACUUAUUGCUUUUUGUAAACUCUCCCAGACCAGUGAAGGCACUUUCUUAGAAAGUGCCUUUAUACGGUGCAUUGACAUGGACGGUCCUAGUCGAAGCGGAGGGUUCAGGCAGAGCCGUCGCUCACGCUCCAAGCGCGACAGAGAGCGGCGGCGGAGGAGAGAGGAUCUCGCUGAACACAGGGCCUCGUCGCCGUCCUCGGCCUCGGACCAAGAACUCUGCAGAAGAGACUCUCUGCUAGGAGCUAACGGCGGAGAAUGCAGACCCGGCAUUCCCGGGGUCCGACACAGGCCUCCACGUAGGAGGAAGCGAGAAUUAGUGUCCUGCGAAGAGGAUAUAAUAGAUGGAUUCGCCAUAGCCAGCUUCAUAAGCCUGGAUGCUUUGGAGAUGGACAGUUCUCUAAAGCCAGCAGAAAGAUCUGGCUUGUUAAUGGGUAGAGGAAUCAAAAGGAAGAGAGGCCUAGAUGAAAAUGGAGGGCCUCUGUCAGAGCCAGAGGAAGGACCUCCCGCAACGUACACCAACAGUUGGGAGCAGCGCAGGAAAAUUAAAUCUAAACUGAAGCGAAAGGGAGCUGCUAAGGUGUCAGGGAGUCAUAUGGAGACAGGAUACAUUUGUGAUACAGAGAGUGAGUCAGGGGAUAAGGCUUCUGACAAUAUGGAGCCAGCAUUCAUCGUCUGUACAAGGGAAGCAGUUAACUCCAUCUCAGCAAGCUCUGCUGUUGGCAACGGUUGCCCUCUCAUGCCCUCGAAUAGCUCUUUACCCCUUCUGUCAGUCACAUCCCGGGUCUCUGGCCUGGAGAGGAGUCAGGAGAGGAGUAUGGAGCAGCCUUACCCUGAGCCUAUUUCUACCUCAUCCACACUCCCUAGCCUGAUAGCCCAUAACGCUGGCUCUGUCUCCACCUCAAUUCUUGAUCAGCGUAAUGGAAAUGGCGGUACCCAUCACCGAUAUGGUCCUAGCCCACCUCAGCACAAACACAAGCCCUUUCUCCCUUACCCUGGAAAGUCACAAUCAAUCUUUACAAUGGGCAGCAACAACAGGAGCAGUACCUCAGGCAAGCCUCCAUCUUUAUCUGCCUCUUCAUUAUCAAUCAGACCACCUACUCCUGCUACAAGUGUGUCUUUUGGUCGAGGCCCAGGGGGUGUGGGGACUGUAAGACCCUCGUCUCGACCAAGUCCUGGUGCCGUCUUCACACCGUCCCCCAGCCUUCCCCCACCACCUCCUCUUCUUCAGGUGUCACCACACCCUUCGACAGACCAGGAUCUGAUCUGUCAGGACUUGCCAGAAUCCAGUGCACCUGGAGGACCGUCGGUUUCAAGCUCAAGCUCUGGGACCUCCAGCAGAUCCUCGCAGGCCCAGACCUCCAUCCCCACAAUGGCCUACCAGUUCCAUCAGCACAAUCACCAGCACCAGCACACUCAUACUCACCAACACUUCCUGCAUCAUACAGCACCAGCACCACCACUGUUUGAAAAGUAUCCGGGCAAGAUUGAAGGACUCUUUCGACAUCCAUUUUUUCCUCCGUACCCACCAUCUGUGCCUGGAAUACAGCCUGUUCUUCCACCCACUGGACCUUUCAGUUCAUUGCGGGGCGCUUUUCAGCCUAAGCUUGUUGCCAUUCAGGGAGCUGCUCCUGAGAUGACUCCUGGUUUAGGAGUUGUACCUCCCCAUCUGCAACCUAAAACUCCAAGGCUCACAGACCCAUUUGCACCAUCACCGAAAGUCAGUAAUAAGCCUGGAAAAUGGUGUGCUAUGCAUGUCCGUGUUGCCUGGAUGAUUCUAAGGCAUCAAGAGAAAGUCAAGCUUAUGCAGGCUGAUCCUCAAAAGCUGGACUUCCGUAAUGACCUGCUGACACGACUUCCUGGCCCUGGUAUUGGAGGACUAGGAGGUCUAGGGCAACUUGGUGGUCCCCUUGCACCAGCUCAUGACCUUACAAGACCAGGAAGCCUGUUUGCAGCAGCUGGUGGGGUCAAUCCGUCCUCCACACCAUUCAUGCCUCCAUCAACGCCCCACUCCUCUUUCCUCAACCCAGCAGCACAUCUGGAUCCAUAUGGUCGUUCACCCCCCUUCACCUCUCUGGGAGCCUUGAGUUCUGGUGCCUUUGGGGGCUUAGGCAGUCCUACAAUAGCUGCCAGUGUUUUUGGCCACAAGACUGAGCCCUCUGCAAGUGCGGUUGGUGGUUUAGGUAACCCCCAUGAUCCAUGGAAUCGUCUGCAUGUUACCCCUGCCUCUUUCCCCUCUGGAUCAUCUUGGGCUAAAGGCCCUGAGAAAAGAGAUGACAGAGGAAAGGACAUGGAGAGAAGAGAGCUGACUCAUAUAAAAGAUGAAAAGGACAGAGACAGUAUCUUGUAUGGACGCCAGCCAGUGCAAAUGUCACCUGGUGUCCCAAACAUCAAGCAUCGCAGCAGCACGCCCAGUUCACAUAUGAAUGGCUUGGGGUCACUGAGUGGAGGUGGGGUGCAGUCUGAUGGCCAAAGCAGAGAACGUGAUCGUGAAAGGGAAAGAGAGGCAGACAAAAGACAACAUUCUGCAUCUAGGACACCAGCAUCAGCUUCCUCUACCGCACCAGACAGACCUCGAUCUUCAACGUCUUCUACUGUCACAACACCACCUAGUGCACCCUUAGCCCAUUCCCCUCUAGAUCGGUUUCACCGGCAGCCACCGCACACUCUCAGCACAGAAUCCAGCCAAUCUUCACAAAGAGAGAACAAUGGUCCAGCCACUUCUUCCUAUGCUAGUUCAUAUCCAGUCAAGAAACCUGACCGGACCACAACUCCAGUAUCCAAACCUGCAUUUAUUCUAACCUCUGGGAUGCUCCUCCCCCAAGUCAAGGUCAAAGAAGAGCGUAAAGAGGAGCCUGAGCCAGUGCCCAUCUCCUUACAACAUCAUGCGGUACCUCCGCACAGCUUUGAGCGGCCCAGUAGUCGACAUCCACACCAUCCAUCCACCCCAUCCUCAACCCUCUCAUUGACUCCUACACCUGGCGUGCCUCUUCCUCCUCAAACUCAACACCCUCACCACCAUCUAUCCCUCUUAGAUCGUACACGAGCUAUUGAUGCCUAUCUUGGGGGUGCUGGAGGCUCAGCUGGACUGGUAAUCGGUGCUGACCGCUUCCAACCACAUCCACAUGCUGCUCCUCAGGGUCAUUCCCAAGCCACUCACAGCUUUCCCUGGGACCCCUGGAGGGAUCUGGCUGCCCAUCAACAGCAGCAACGAAGAGAGGUUUUGGCUUUAAGGUCAGAUCCCCACCUUGCACUUCGCUCUGAUCCACACUUGUCUCGACUUCUCCAGCAUCAGCAGGUUCAUCGCUACUUGGAGGCAGCUGUGGCAAACAGCCCACACCAUCCACCAGUACCUACCUCUACGUCCUCUGCUUCGUCCUCAGCAAACAGGCCAGAGUUUGGUUUGAUGUCCCAUCCAUUUAAUGAUGAACAACGUGCUCAGAUACUGAGGGAAGACUUUGAGAGAGUGCGGUAUUUUGGGAUGCACCCACAUCAACACCUAUCCGCACCUCACCUUCCUAGCCCAUCUCAUGCUGCCCACCUAGAACAGCUUCAUGCAGGGCUACUUUCUCACUCUCAUCUCCAUCCAGCUGCAGCCUCCACACCAUCACAUCAUUCUGGCUUCUACUCUAGACUGGGACCUUUGCAUUCACAUUCUCAUGUACCUAAUGGCAUUCUAACCAAGACCCCAAGUCUAGUCGGGGCAUUGUCAGUUGGGGCUCCACCUCCACUCAUUCCAUCUGUGAACAGACCUUCUACUCCAAACCGUGGCUCCAGACAUGGUGGGGCAGGAGACUUGGCCCUUUUCACCACACAUAAAGAUGGGGAGUCCAGAUAGUGCUGAAACCACUCCUCACAUGGCAGGAUUCUGUAAGACACUCGGACAGAGCCAAGUUACAAUGACCAUACACAAGUGUUGAAUCGACCCAGGGCUGUUUGAUAUAUUUAUCCACUGUAAAAUUGGUGCAAAUAAGGUACUCCCUUGCUGUGCUCUGGUUUGUAUGAAGGGCUUUCUUUACAAAGAGGCCUGUGGAUGUUCAAAUACUAUUAAUUACUUAAACUAAUAUGAAGACUGAGAGAUGUAUCCAAAAUUGUAUACAGAGAUACAUUUAUGAGUUUUACACUUACAGUGGAGAUUUUUUUUCUCUAAGUGAACUCAAGGAAAGCCUUCUGUAGAGUUACAGUCUUGAGCUUUGUAUUUGAAGAAAGAUAAAUUGAACUCUGACUUAAAUAGUCAAGUAUUGAUUGUCUGAAUCAGCACUGUUGGGAAAUGUAUGGAUUUAAAGAAACACAAGGUCCACAUUCUGCUUUAGAAUUUCAAGUCAACAUCAGACAAUUUCCAUCAAAAUCAGAACGAACUUAAGAUUUAUUUUAUUUGUUAAAAAAUGAUUAUGAACUGUAUAUCUUGUUGGAUAAUAUUUUAAGAUUUAAAGGGAAAGAACUGUCUCCCAUUCAUUAGUCUGACUUGGUACAAGAGCUGGGCCAGAAUAUAGUAGAAUAGUGAUAUUGAUUUUGUAAUAAUUAUUGUUACAUUACCUUCCAUAAUAAAUAUAUUCACUGUUUAUGUUAUGUCAUGUUUCAGGUCUUACAAAUGCACUCCCUUGUUGAAAUAAGAUGAUUAUUGUCCAGCAAAGCACUACAUUGAUAUUGCUCUAAUACAUUGGUUAUGUUGAUACCAAUGUCCUAAGUAUGUAACAAAACCAGCCUCUACAGUGCAGAGAACUGAAUAUAUUUAUACUUUGGGAGAGGUGGGUGUUAUUUUUCUUUAAUCAAUGUUGAAGCCUGUGGAGGUCUCCAGGAAAACAAACAUCAUCCAAACAAACACUCAGAAGGACACUUAUCUACUGGACAAAAGGAGUGCACGUCUUGUAACUGCAGCUAAACUACAGGAUUAAAGGACUCUUAAAUGGAGAUACAGGACAUUUUGGAUAAAUUAUUUUAUACUUUUUAAGUAUGUCCACCUCCCCCCCUGAAAACCACAAAGAUGAAUUAUUAAACAAAUGGUUGGUUAUUUACACAUGUGUUGUAUUUAUUAAUUGGGUAUCUUGCGACUCACAUGUGUGUAUCUGUAAUAUAAUGGUUUAUUACUGUCACUUGACAAAUUUCUGAGCCGAGUCUUGUUUGUACAUGCUUAUAUUAUUUUAUUUAGUAUAUGUUACUUACGUAUACAGAACAUUGGCAUCUAUCAUUAUCACUUAAAGGGAUCGUUCACCCUAAAAAAUUAUAAUUCUCUUAUCAUUUACUUCAGAUGUGUAUGAUUUUAGUCUGCUGAACACAAAUUAAGAUUUUAGAAGAAUAUCUCAGCUCUGUUGAUCCAUUCAAUGCAAGUGAAUGGUGGCCAGAACUUUACAGAUUUAAAAAGCACAAAGGCAGCAUAAAAUAAAUCCAUAUAACUGGUUAAAUCCAUGUCUUCAGAAGCGAUAUGAUAGAUGUGGGUGUGAAAAAUCUAUAUUUAAAUGUUUUUUACUAUUAAUUCUCCUCCCUGCCCAUUGGAUGUGAGGAAAAAAAAAGUGAAAGUGGAGAUUUACCCAAACCUAUCACAUCGCUUCUGAAGACCGUUUUAACCACUGGAGUCUUAUGGUCAGGGUUGGGGAGUAACUGAAUACAUGUAACGGGAUUAUGUAUUAUAAUACAAAAUAUAAGUAAUUGUAUUCCACUAAAGUUACAAUUUAAAUAUUUGUAAUUAGAAUACAGUUACAUUCAAAAAAAGUACUUUGAUUUCUGAAGAGAUUACUUUACAUUUUAUUGUCAUUUGUUUCAUUAAAAAUGUUGUCCUUUCAAAGAUGGAAAACAUUUAUACAUAUAAAUGAUGCGAUCAAAAGUGCAUCUGAACAGCGGUGAAACACUUUCUUAUGAUGUGUUACAUUCAAGUAAGUUUGGAGCAGAAGAAAUGUGAAUAAUCCUUGUGUAAAUUGUUAGCUUUAUGCUAAGCUAAAAUGCUAUUUCUAGCCAUUUUACAAUGUACGUUACCUGGCACGAUCAUAUUUUUUAUCAAGAAAAUUCACAUUGGAUCAUAAUUUCUUUUUUUCUAGUAAGACCUUUAAUACUAGGGCAAAAAUCAUAUUCUUAAUAAUUUUUGUAUUGUUUUCCUGUAAAACUAUCUAAAAAUCCUUAAAACAAGAUCAAUUUGAUGCUAUGUUUAUGUUUUGGUUUUUCAGAGAAUAUAUUUUUAACAUGUGUAUUUUGUCUUACUGUUCUGGCAGAGUUUUUAUAGUCAAGACAAGUGAAAAAAAAAUCUACCAGUGCUGAAGAAGUAAUCCAAAGUAUUUUGUAUACGUUACUGGCCUUGAGUAAUAUAACGGAAUACAUUAUAAAUGACAUUUUACAACAUGUAUUCUGUAAUCUGUAGUGGAAUACAUUUCAUAAGUAACCCUCCCAACCCUGCAUAUUGAUUACUUUUAUGCUGCCUUUAUUUGCUUUUUGGGGCUUGAAAUAUCUGGCCACUGUUCACUUGCAUUGUGACGACCUGCUGGGAUGAUUUUUUCUAAAAAUCUUUUGUGUUCUGCAGGCGUAAGAAAGUCAUACACAUAUGGCAUGGCAUGAGGGUGAAUAAAUGAUAAGAUAAUUUGUAAUUUUGGGUGAACUAUCCCUUUAAAGCACUUAAAAUAUUGCCUUGUCACUUUAAGUGUAACCAGGAAGACUAAAACUAAAAUGAGCACUGUAUCUUGUCCAUAAAAAACCUAUAGAGACAUCUGUUAGAGUUUGGGGGGUAAACUCUAUGUUAAAACAAACAAUCAAUCAAACAUAUUCCUUGCCAAACUGCCGUCUCAGAAAGACUACUCAAAGUUGAACAGUAUGUUCAGAAGAAUCCCUUCACAGAAGACUGGUUUAUGCAAUUGAGAAUGACAUGAGCAUGGCUGAAAUGUAUAUAUACAGUUCUGGAAAAAAUGAAAGAGAUCACUUCAAAAUUAUCAGGUUCUCUGGAUUUACAAAUUAUAGGUGUGUGUUUGAGUAAAAUUAACAUUUUUGUUUCAUUCCAUAAAGUACUGACAACAUUUCUCCCAAAUUCCAAAUAAAUAUAUUGUCAUUUAGAGCAUUAAUUUGCAGAAAAAGACAACUGGUCAAAAUAACAAAAAAGAUGCAGCACCCCCAGAUCAUCACCAAUCCUCCACCAAAUUUCACAGUGGGUGUGAAACACUGUGGCUUGAAGGCCUCUCCAGGUCUCAGUCUAACCUUUAGAAGACUAGGUGGUGGAUCAUGAUGACCUGGUAGUGCUUCAUUAAGGCUGAAAUCAGGCAGAUUCACCUUUGUGAAGGAUGCAUAAAUAUAUAAUCCUAUAAUAUUAAGUAUAAUUUUAUCCUGGAAGAAAACUUGCUUCCUUCUGCUAUGAUCCCCAAUUCUGAGGAUUAGUUUUUCCAGCAGGACAAUGCUCCAUGCCACACAGCCAGGUCAAUCAAGGUGUAGACGGAGGACCACUGGAUCAAGAUCCUGUCAUGACUUCUGGAAUGUGAUCAAGAGGAAGUUGGGGAGGCAACAAGCCAUCAAACAAAGCUGAGCUGAUUGAAUUUUUGCAUCAGGAGUGGCAUUAAGUCACCCAACAGCAAUGUGAAAGUCUGGUAGAGAGCAUAACAAAACGCUUGAAAGCUGUGAAUGAAAAUCAGGGUUAUUCCACCAAAUACUAAUUCUGAAUACUAAAGUUA